GGGCUUGCGUGUUUGCUUCAUUAUUUACGCUUCUUUGGAUGGGAUAUUUUCACAACGACAUACGACUACCAACAAGCAAACAAACCAAACCAUAAUGCUCUGUCACGUUGGUUUAAAAAGAUGUGAAAUGUAAGACACGAGCAUGUGUUUUUAAAAAAGAAACCGUGGUAAUGCAUGCGUGUUCUCAGAAGCGUAAAGCCCAGAUGUUGAUACACCCAUCUCUACCAAUGGAAGUGACCUGUGAGACCGUCCAGGGGAAAGUGGAUCGUUAAAGUUUUACACAGUCACGUGGUUAUUCCUAAUCCAGUUUUGACUGAGAUUUGAAGACUCUGGGCUAAUGUUCUGCGGACUGGAGGUCGGGUCGACAGUACGGAGCUGAGUGAGGACAAACGGAGCACAGCAAAAAGGGUCUCGUCAUGCUUAAGACAGGACGCGAGGCAGGACGCCAGACAGGACGCGAGGCAGGACGCCAGACAGGACAUGAAGCGGGAGGGAAGGCGAAACACUCAGCUGGUGAGUUGCUCAGCCCCUGCUCCCAGUAUAUGGCUCUGCAGAGAGGCCUGGCUCCGCCGGGGUCCAUGGGUAGUGGGCCCCUGCCGGUGCAGCCGUACCCCGUGGAUGAGCCUCCCCGGGCGGGUUUGUCCAGGGGUGUGUCCCUCUCCCUCCCUGCCUCUCCCAUGCUGCCUUGUCGCCAGCCCUACAUGUUGCCCGUCAGACCCAGCACCAAGUCUCCAGGUUUAGCGAGGAGGCCCUGGUAUGUGGAGAGCUCUCGUGUUCCGGGGGAUCCAGUCAGCUGGACCCUGACGAGUGAUGUGCAUUCCGCCCUGGGUUCAGGUGAUGUGCAAUUACCAUCAUCAGACCGUCUCGUGCCGGCUAAGUCUGGCCCCUCCCCCUCUGCUCAGGAACUAAUGACACGGCUGGGCUUCCUACUGGGAGACGCUAUCCCCACCUCUUCACACACAGCCAUGGAGGACAAAAACCAGUGUGCGGUCAGUAGCCAGGGAGUGAGCCCGAGCUCCACUCUGACCACCAGUACAGUGUCCCCCAGCACUGAGAGCCCCUGUUCCAGUCUGCCUCUGGGCUCCAGCUUGGCGGAGCGCCCCCCACCCCCACUGUGUUGCUCCGCACCCUGCACCACCACCAUCACCCCAGUCACCACCACGCCCAGCUCCACGCUGGAGAGCAAGGACAGCGGCAUCAUUGCCACUGUCACCAGCUCCAGUGAGAAUGAGGAACGCUGCUGCAAAGAGGGCAGUGGUGCCAGCGCGCUUGUCAGGAAUGACGGGCUCGGUGCCCCUCCCUCCGGCGCUCCCGCCCCGGCCACAGAGCCGGAGGGGGCAUCGGGCGAUGACCGGCCCUGCCCAGGCCUGCUGGCGCCCCUGGCCUCCUCGCCCUCUGACGGGCCCGCGCCCUACCACAGUGCCUCGCUGGGCCUACCACGGCCCAACUCGGUGGCAGCCACCAGCACCACUAAGCUGGAGGAGCUGAAGUAUCUAGAUGAACAGCGGAAUGCACCCCUGCGCUCCUCCUUGCGAGGUCCCUGGCCUGGGGCGCACACCAGUGGCCGCAACCAGGAGGCCAAAGCUCGAAUCACCCCAUACAAGCCUGUGGACAUCAUGCUCAAACCCUUGCUGUUCGAGGUACCCAGCGUCACCACGGAUUCCAUGUUUGUGGGCCGCGAUUGGUUGUUCCAGCGGUUGGAGGAGGUGCUGGCGGGGACCGGGGAGGCGGGGCCAGGGGGCGGCGCGGUCGUGGUGGGCAGUGUGGGCUUCGGGAAGACAGCAGUGAUCUCUCGCCUAGUGGCUCUGAGCUGUCAUGGAGGCCGGAUCAGGCAGGUGGCCUGCAACAGCCCGGGGUCCUCCCCUAAGAGGGGGAGCAGAGGAAGUGAUGCCCUUAGCAACCAGCUGAACCCACCCUCUCAGAGCCCCCUACGCAGCAGCAGUUGCCCCCCGACCCCUGACACACACCGGCACAGAGAGGAAGCGGUCAAACGCCUUGCCAGCAAGGUGGUAGCGUAUCACUACUGCCAGGCCGAUAACACUUACACAUGCCUGGUGCCGGAGUUUGUGCACAGCGUGUCUGCGCUGUUGUGUCGUGCGCCGCGUCUCGGCCCCUACAGGGAAGUCCUGCUGCGCGAACAACAGCUGCAGAGUCUCCUCAGUCUGCGAUCCUGUGUGCAGGACCCUGUCGCCGCCUUCCGCCGGGGCGUGCUCGAGCCUCUGGCUCUCCUCCGCAAGGAGAGGAAGAUUGCGGAGGAUGACUACAUCAUUCUGGUGGAUGGCCUGAACGAGGCGGAAUUUCACAAGCCCGACUACGGAGACACCAUUGCCUCAUUCAUCACCAAGAUCAUCUCCAAGUUCCCCAGCUGGCUCAAACUGGUUGUCACUGUCAGGGUCAACCUGCUGGGAGUCACCAGUCUCUUCCCUUUCCCCAUCAUCUCCCUGGACGAUCUCCAUGACAACAAGGCCAUCGCAGCAGACCUGCACGCGUACGCGCAGCAGAGGGCGGAGCGUCUGCCCUCCGUCGCGGCCGCUGACGGUAAGGCAGAGCCAGGCGCUGCGGCCAAGCUGGCGUCGCUCCUAGCGGGCCGCAGCCAGGGCUCGUACCUGUACCUGAAGCUGGCCCUGGACCUGUUGGAGCAGGGCCACUCGCCGGGCCCCGGCCCCGGCUCGCUGUCCGAGCUCUACCAGCUGCAGUGCGCCGCGCGCUUUCCCACAGCGGCGGCCUUCGAGCGGGCGCUGCCCGUGCUGAAUGUGGCACUGGCCUCGCUGCACCCGCUCACCGACGAGCAGCUGUUCCGCGCGCUCAACGCCGGCAGCCUGCAGGGGGCACUGGAAUGGCCCGACUUCCAGCAGCGCAUGGAGGUGCUCUCCUGCUUCCUGGUGGGCCGGCGGGACCGCACGCGCAUGUUCUGCCACCCGUCCUUCAGGGAGUGGCUGGUGUGGAGGGCAGACGGCGACAGCACCGACUUCCUGUGCGAUCCGAGGAGUGGACAUGCCCUGUUGGCCUUCUUGCUCUCUCGACAAGAUGGAAAACUGAACAGGCAGCAGACCAUGGAACUGGGUCACCAUAUCCUCAAAGCACAUAUAUUCAAGGGACAUAGUAAGAAAACAGGUGUUUCUUCCAGUAUCCUUCAGGCUCUGUGGAUUAGUAGCAGUACAGACAGUCUCUCUGCUGCUCUCUCUUCUCUCAGAAAUCUCUACACACCCAAUGUUAAGGUGUCUCGGCUGCUGAUCCUGGGAGGGGCAAGCGUGUGCUACCGCACCGAGGUGCUCAACAGCGCCCCCGUGCUGUGCGUGCAGUCACACCUGGGCCACCUGGAGAUGGUGUCCCUGCUGCUGGAGUUCGGCGCACCCGUGGACGAAGCGUCCGAAAACGGCAUGACACCCCUGUGUUAUGCCGCUGCCGCCGGCCACCGGGGGGCAGUCACGCUGCUCUGCAUGAAAGGGGCAAAGGUGGAGCACGUGGAUAAGAGUGGGCAGUGUGCAGCCGUCCACGCUGCCCUGCGAGGUCACGGGGACGUCCUGCACUACCUGCUGGAGCAGGACUGGAGCCCAGAGCCCACGCAGCCCGAUGCUGUCCACAAGAGCAGUGUGUUACAGCAGAGCCUGACUGCAGCUUCCAGUAUGGAGCACAUACCGGUCGUGAAGACCCUGCUGGCCUUGAACAAGGACAAGGUUGCCGUGGAGAUAGAUGCCUGUGAUACUCUGUGGGGGGAGACAGCUCUGACCGCUGCCGCCGGGCGGGGCAAGCUGGAGGGGUGUGUCUUCCUUCUGGAGCAGGGCGCCACGGUAACACAGCCGAACCGCAGGGGUAUGGCUCCUAUCUACAGUGCUGUGAAACAUGGGCACACACAGGUAACAGAGGUUUUGCUACAGCACGGUGCUGAGGUGAACACCACUGACAAACAUGGCCGUUCUCUGCUCAUGGUGGCAGCCAGUGAGGGGCACCUGACCACUGUGGAGUUCCUCUUGUCAAAGGGAGCGUGUGUAACGGCGGUGGAUAAGGAGGGUUUGACCCCUCUGAGCUGGGCUUGUCUGAAGGGGCAGAGGGGUGUGGUGGAGUUGCUGGUGGAGAGAGGAGCACCAAUCCACCACACAGACAAGAACGGCCGCACGCCACUGGACCUGGCUGCCUUCUACGGAGACGCUGAAAUAGUGCACUACCUGGUGGAGCACGGUGCCGUGAUGGAGCACAUGGACUACAGUGGCAUGCGGCCCCUGGACCGAGCCAUCGGCAGCCGCCAGACCUCCGUGGUAGUUGCCUUGCUGAAGAGAGGAGCCAAGCUGGGCUUCAGAACGUCCCCCUGUGAUCGACCAGGUAAUGCCGCGUGGGCCAUGGCCACGUCUAAGCCGGACAUUCUCAUCAUUCUCCUGCAGAAGCUGAUGGAGGAAGGCAACCUGCUGUAUAAGAAAGGGAGGAUGAAGGAGGCAGCUCAGCGCUACCAGUCUGCCUUGAGGAAGUUUCCCAGGGAGGGCUUUGGGGAAGAUCUGAAGGCCUUCCGUGAGCUCCGUGUCUCCCUCUACCUGAACCUCUCCCGCUGCCGCCGCAAAACUAACGAUUUUGGCAUGGCAGAGGAGUUUGCCACCAAGGCUCUGGAACUGAAGCCCAAAUCGUACGAGGCGUUUUACGCACGCGCUCGUGCAAAAAGGAGCAGCAGGCAGCUUGCUGGAGCGCUGUCCGAUCUCCACGAGGCAGCUCGCCUGUGUCCCGGCAACAGGGAGAUCAGACGCCUGCUGGCUCGGGUGGAGGAGGAGUGCCACCAUCGCCCGGGCAACAAGCACGGCGCGGCGCACGGCCACGCCCUGGCGCACCAGGACGAGGAGGAGGAGGAAGAGGAGGACGAGGAGGAGGAAGAGGACGAGGACGAGGACGGCGUCCCGGCACACGAGAAGGGCUCGGACGCGCGCGCCGUGAAGCUGCCGCUCCGGGAGGAGGGACAGGAGGAGAGGAGUGACGAUGGGAAGAGGAAGGAGAGCCGGGCGCAGAGCCGCACCUUACCGGACUCGCUGGGCCUGGCUCUGCCCGACGACCCAUCCACCUCACCCUCCUCCUCAGGCUGGGCCCUGCACCGCCGCCUCUCCUCCAGGCAGGCCCAGAGCGUGAGGGGCCGGGAGCACUGCGGCUCGCUGCAGCCGGGGCCCGGCACGGGCUCCAGCCCCAGGCCCGGCCGCCACAGGCCCACGUCGCUCCGGGCCGGGCCGUGCAUCGACUUCAGCCCCCUGGGUCCGGAGCGAGGCGUGGACAGGGAGCUGCUCAGGGACGCGCAAGGAGGCGGCACCCACGGCGAGGCCCCGCCCCUGACUCCGGAGGGCGGGGCCGAGCCCCGGGGCGAGUUCUGCAGGAGCAGCAGUGUGCGGGUGUCCGGCACCUCCUGCGGCGGCCCGUCCGAGGGCGGGCGCAGCCGCGCCUCCGUCGCCGCCGACGACAGGCAGGCCGAGCACAAGCCACGCCCUUUCAUGGGCGUCACGGACAAGACCGCGCGCUUCAACCAGCAGCAGCAGCUGCUGCACCACGGCAACCAGGGUCUCCACGGGCACUACGGCCACCCGUCGCAAGCCUACGCCUGGCAGGGCCUCGGGCCAGAGGGGCUCGCCGGCGCCUUCCCACAGGGCCCGAGCUGUGACCUCCAGUACCCCAAAGCAGGCGGCAGCUACCAGGAUGCCUUCCACAACGGCACACAUCCGGGCGACUUUCACCCAGGGAAGCCCCUCCCGGCCGGGGCCGUCUACAAAGACAGCAGCCACUCUCUGAACCUGCAGCAGCACUUCGGCGGGAGCAAGCACAGGCAGGCCAGCCUUGCGCGCGACAACCCUGUCCUCAUCAGCUCCAUCAAGCCCAAACGCUCCUUCAUCGAGUCCAACGUGUAGCUGCCCCGCAACGCCCCGCUCACAAGAACCCACACCACCGCAAGCUCCACUACCGACUUCACGCCUAGAGCGAUUUAAAUUCCGUA